GCUGCUCAGUCAGUGUUGUGCUCCGGGUGGGUGUGUACGUGCUGGCGCACACUCCUGUGAUAGUGUCUCUUGUGUUUAGUACCUCCCUUUUUCUCUCCCUUCAGAUGUCGUGUGUUAACUUACCUGUGAAAAUGUUUGAAAAGAACGUAACAAAAGUGUAGUAGCUGCCUAACUGUUUAAGGUUCUGCAAAAUCGUAGCAUAACUUUCAAAUGUCAGAUCUCUUUUAUAUAUGUGAAAGUGUUUGAAAAUAACAUAGAAAUAUUAUAAUCCAUGACGUGUUGUGUUAUGACAAAAUAAAGUUACCAGAGAUAUAACAGAAGAGAACAAGUAUUAAUUAUGAAAAACCAGUAUAAUAUACAGGAAGGAGAAUGUAGAUACGCCUCUUAAGACUUCCUGGAGAUAGAACACAAAGUCUGGAGAACCUUCACUCCAUGAACAUGAAGAACAACAACAGCAACGGACGGAGCAGGAGUGGGAGCAACCGCAGUGGGAGUGGGAGCAGUGGAAGAAGUGUGGGAGGCCGGAGUAGGAGUGAAGGAAGGAGGGACUCCCACAUGACUCUUGAUACACUCUGCCCCUACGAGGAAGGAGACGGCAGCGCUAUCUUUAAGAGGUCGGUGAUGGGGUUUAGUGCGUCCCUGCAGGGAGAGCGCAGCCACACUGCGCUGCUGGCCCGUCAGGACGCUGAGCUGCGUCUGCUGGACACCAUGCGAAGGGUGCUGGUGGCCAGGGCCAAGUGUGACAGAGAUUAUGCUGCUGCCCUCACACACCUGGCACACACUGCUGCCAAGAUGGACGCUCCAGACAACAUUCUCGACGACUCGCAUCUCCAUAAGGCAUGGCGCAUCAUGGUAGAGGGGCUGGAUGAAUGGAGCAGUAUAAUGCGACAAAAUGCAGAUACCUUGGUGCUGGACACUGUGGAGAAGCUGGCAGCCCUCAUCACUGAGAAGAGAGCCUCCAGAAAGGUCUACUAUGAGGAACACCAAAGGAUAACCAAUGAAGUUACCAGAUUACAAGAAGCUGUAGAAAAAUCCAAGAAUAAUUAUGAACAGGCCCUGGAACUAUACAAGACUUCCAAGACGAAGUAUGAAGACCAGUUUCUUAAAGGUAAGCCAGGACGCAAGCUGGACGAGCUGAAGGAACGCUAUCAGAAGGCAUGUAAAAAGCUUCACCAGGUCCAUAAUGACUAUGUCCUCUUGCUGUGUGAGGCUGCAGACUAUGAGAGAGAUUUCCGAACAGUUCUUCUUCCUGGACUACUUGAGUACCAAGAACGAGUUCAGGAGGAUAUGAUUGAUAAAUGGCGUUCAAUACUGACUGAAGUGUGUGAGCUGACGGACACAACCCAAGGCAGGUAUGCCCAGUUGCAAACAGAAGUAGCAACCUCUGUCUCGGCCAUCUCACCCAAGUCUGAGUACUCAUCAUUCUCAGAGAGCAAUAAGAGUUCGCCACCUGAUCCAGUGUCCUUCGAGUUCUGCAGUGAGCUUCUGGGAGAUGGCGUUGGCUCCCUUCAGGCUGGUCAGCUGGCUGUUGACUCUCUCACAGUUGACUCCCUACGACUCAGGCUUAGUGAUAUUGAACAUAGAUUACGAGAAGUAACAACAGAACUUCGUGAGAAACAAAACUUAUUAAAUCAACAUGAAACAGAAGUAGUUAAUAUCAAGAAAAACUCUUUACAGGACACCAACAUUGCAUCCAGAUUACCAGUGUUAAAGCGAGCAAGUGAUGUCCUGCGCCGUGAACUAAACGAACUACGGUGCAAGGAGUCGUGGCUUCAACACCAGCAUAGCUUGAUUCAUGAUCCACUAGCAGCACUGGGCUGUGAAGAGGCUCCCCAACCCUGGGAAUCUGCUCAAGGGCAAGUCAAUGGUGACUCGGGUUUCAGGUCAAAGUCUUUACUGUCCUUGAAUUUUGCGGGCCUAAAGUCCAAUUCCAUACUCGCACUCAAUUUUCUGCACCAGCGUUCUGACUCACUCUCGCUCAAGACUCGCUCGGCUGCCAUCAAGGAGUUACUUCGCAAACCUUUCAAUCGUAGCAAGACUAGUGCUUCACCUGCUUCCACACCACCCACCCCCACCAGAGCUAAUACUGAAGAGAGAACCUCUGCACCAGACCAACAGUCACUUACUGAAAUGUCAGCAGAAGGCCAGGCAGAAGUUCAUCUUCCAGCAAUUAAUGGCAUACCAGAAUUGACAUACGAUCCAGAUCGUUGCUUAGAGGAUGAACCAUGGUUCCAUGGCGUACUACCACGAGAGGAGGUGGUACGAUUACUGGUCAAUGAGGGCAAUUAUCUAGUAAGAGAGACCACACGCAAUGAUGAACAACAGAUUGUUCUCUCAGUCUGCUGGGGCACUCAUAAGCACUUCAUAGUUCAGACUACACCUGAGGGUCACUACAGGUUUGAGGGUCCAGCCUUCCCAACCAUCCAGGAGUUAAUCCUUCACCAGCACAGCUGUGGUCUACCAGUCACAAACAAGUCAGGUGCUAUACUGCGAACCCCCAUCUUCCGUGAACGAUGGGAAUUAAAUAAUGAUGAUGUCGAGUUGAGAGACAAAAUAGGCAGGGGUAACUUUGGUGAUGUAUACAAGGCUCGAUUACGAGACUCAGGACUUGAGGUUGCUGUUAAAACUUGCAGAGUUACACUUCCUGAUGAGCAAAAGAAGAAAUUCCUGCAAGAGGGACGCAUUCUAAAACAAUAUGACCAUCCCAACAUAGUCAAGUUUAUUGGUAUAUGUGUUCAAAAGCAACCCAUUAUGAUUGUGAUGGAAUUAGUGCCAGGUGGAUCAUUACUAAGUUUUGUGAGGAACCAUAAAGGACAACUGACGGCAAAACAAAUCAUGGGAAUGUGUUUGGACACUGCUUCUGGGAUGGCUUAUCUGGAGUCCAAGAACUGUAUCCAUCGUGACUUGGCAGCUAGAAAUUGUCUUGUUGGUCACCGAAACAUUGUCAAAAUCUCUGACUUUGGCAUGUCACGGGAGGAAGAGGAAUAUAUUGUCAGUGAUGGUAUGAAACAAAUUCCCAUCAAAUGGACUGCUCCAGAGGCUCUUAACUUCGGCAAGUACACGUCCUUGUGUGAUGUUUGGAGCUAUGGCGUGCUGUGCUGGGAGAUCUUCUCCUCAGGAGAAGUGCCUUAUCAUGGCUACUCCAACACGAAAGCCAGAGAGAUGAUUGAUUCAGGAUACCGUAUGCUGGCACCACCCAACACCCCAGAGGAGAUGUAUCAACUAAUGCUCAAAUGCUGGCAGUAUGACCCUGAGAACAGACCUCACUUCCCAGAGAUAUAUGCCGCUGUCGACAACAUAUACUCUUCGCUAUAGCAAAGUGUGCUCUUAGAAUUAUAAAGUAAUUCAUUAUAGUGAUAUUCCCUGUAGUGAAACUUUUAUAUGAAUAUUUCUGGUGAUAAUGUUAGAAUGUGUAUGGAGUUGUUUGAUAUAUGUACUGUAUAUGAAAGUAUCUUACGAGUUGUAGAUUGGAAGUUCUGAAAAUGCAAGUACUGUACCUGUGCCUUGCAACUGUGUAUUGGAUACUGAACUGCCACAGGUUGUAUAUAAGUUUCAGCAGUGAUUAAUGGCUGCAAUACUUUUACAUUGAACAAUGAACAUUUGCUAUUACAUCCUAUAUGUUCAUAAUAUAUUUGUUAUGUGACUUGUAAUUUUGGCUUACAGUACUGGUUGUGUUUAAAUUUUCUGAAUUUAAGCUUUGUGGUUAUGGGUUUGCAGUAUAUGUGAAUAUAUUAUGUAGAUUUUUAAAUUAAUGAGGAGGAAUUCUCUAAUGCUCAGUAAAGGUAAUUUUGACAAAAUUAUGUCAAAACAAAUCCAUUAUGAUAUCUUUCUAAGAUUUUUGGCAUAUGUUAAUAGCUAGGCUAAUAAUUAUCAUAAAAGACAAUUUUUUUAUCAAUGGUUGAUAGUGAGGAAAAAAUAUUGCUAUGUCAUUCUAAUAAUUAGUUAGUGUAUUAUAACUUGGUCACAAUCAGCUCUGCAGAAUUAGGGCAUAAUAGUGCUUGGUCUAUUGUUACAAAGAGCUCAACAGUAGCAACUAUAUAAAGACAGUAGCAUAUGCAAGCCUGUUAAGUGGGUGCUUCUGGUCCAUCAGCUUCCUGUAUAAUGCCUUUCAUGAUGAACUUUAUGGUGCAUAUUUCUAUCAUAGAUGAAUAUGAUGCUGUUAUACUUUAGUAGAGACAUAUCACAUAACAUUGUGGCUGUAUUGGUGGAGGAGCUUUCAGCUUUUGAAUGUGUAGCUACACCAGUGCAUACUCUAGCACUCUCAUCAUAAAAUAGUGUCACGUUCAUUAUGUGUAAUUAAUCUGUUGAACAUAACAAAUGCUGUUCAAAGCACACUGAAUUAAUUACAAGUAUAACUUUUCUUUUUGUUUUCAGUUAUUGCUUACUUUAGAACUGACAUAACUGACAUUUUCUCAUUUAGUAGAAAACCAGACAGUAUAAAUACUGCAUCUGCAUUUAGAUAUUUAAAUUUUAUUUAUAUAAUUUCGACUGAACUGACACCUUGAGUUAUGUAUCAGUAAAUUAAUUUACUGAUAAAUAUAUACUCCGUAUGAACUGUCUUUUAUGAACUGACACCGCAAACUCUGACAAUUUUGUUAUCAAGAAGAAACCUUUGGUAUUGUUGAGAUACCAUGUAUGUAUUAAUAUGUUGAUGUUCCCUGUGAUUAAUACUGAACUUUGGUAUCAAAAAUAAUUAAUAUGAAUAAAUUGAAGAUUUGUCACAAGUGUUGACUGAGCAAUAAGAAUUCAUAACUUAUGGUAUAUGUGAGCCAGUUGAAAUAUUCAGUGAAUAGAUACAAUGCAAAAGUUUUUUCUUUUUAUAGUCUGGCAUUAUUAUUAUCUUUGUUAUUAAUUAAACUUUAAGCCUAUUAUUAAACAAGGUUACUGUAAACUUGGUGAUGAAUAUGGACUCAAGAAAAUUUUCUCAAUAUAGAAAGCCUUAAUCUAUUUAUUUUUUAACUCCAGCUGUUAAUUAUAGUUUUGUAUUAGAAUAAUAUUGGAGUAGGUUAUAUAUACAGUACAGUACUUCAUUACUGUACAUACUUUAUAAUUUUGAGUUAUAAUAUCUGUUGUUCAAAAAAAUUAUUAUCAGCAAUGAAUAUUAUUAUUAUUAUUAUUGUUAUUAUUAUUAUUAUUAUUUUUUCUUAUUAUAUAGUUUUACAAUACAACUGUUCUCUAAAUAAGUGCAAUAUAAAAAACUGCAUUGUAAAUUUUGGAAAAAUAUCUAUUUUGAAAGGUAAUCCAACCACUUGUUAAUUUUGAAGAUACAUGUGUAUAAAAAUGGCAGCAGACAUGUCUUUUGUGUAUUGAUGAUACUGUACACUUGUUUUAACCUGUUUUUAACCAAAAUGUCUUGUGUACAUGGCAGGUUUUGCCAUUUUCCCUCUGCAGUCUACAAGAAAUUAGCAGAUAAAUUUGGCAACAAGGAUAAAAGAGUGCCAUACAAUUGCUAUGUACUAAUUAGAUGUGUGCCAUGAAAAAUGAUGGGAUAUUCAAAUGAAACAAAUAAUUUGUGAGAUUUGUUGCAUGUGCUUCUGUGUGUUUGUGUGUGUCUCUGUGUCUGUGUCUGUGUCUGGUAGUCACUCGUAAGUGCAUGUUAGAUAUGUGUUUGUAUGGCUCUGUACAUGUAGUCGCGUAUACUUGUAUGUGCAUGCAUCUCUUUAUUUGUAAUUAUCGUUGCUGGUUGGGCUGUGGAUGUGUCUUAAGUGUAGUAUCAUGAAACAAAGUUAUUAAAAAGUGUGUAAAUAGAAGGACUGUAAAAAAAUAUUACUGGAUUAUUAAUAUAAUUGGCUUUACUGUAUAAAUAUAAUUUUUAACAAAAUAAAUUUUCAAGUACAUAUUGUAUAUGCACUCAAAAUAGAUCAGUUUACAGGUUAUAAUUAUUCUGCAAAUGACAGUUUAUAUCAUGACUUUUGAGUAUGGUAAAGAUUAUAUAUGUAUUGUCUGUACAUACACUAUACAUUGUAUGCACAUACCAUACAUACAGUUUUUUUGGUUUAGUAAAUUUGUUAUAUUCAAACAGUAUGUUAUUUGAAACUAUUCACAUUUGUUUUCUGAUUGAUUUAUUUCAUGUGCAUUUUUAUGGUAUAUGUUUCAUGCAUCAUUAAAAACUUUGACUAUUGCAAUAAAUUUUUAGAAGUGUGUGGAACAAAAAAGUUAAUGAUUGGUAUAUUAUAAUUACUGUAAUAUAUUUGUUAUAGAAUAAUUCGAGAGCUUCAGUUAAUUAAUUUUCAUCUUCAGAUUUGAGAAAUAAAUCCUUGUGUAUGUAACAUUGUUUGUAUAUGUGUAUUAUAUAUCUAGUCCACUAACAUAUUUGAAGAUAAGAACAACUGUGGAAUUGUUGUUUACGUGAUCUGCUGCAUCCCAGUAGACACCGUUUUGUAUAUAUCUGCCGCUGCCUAUUAAUAUUUUUCUUAGUUUAUACUUAUUUGUUUUAUAACUGUUGAUGUUUAUACAACCAGUGUGUUAUAAUUAAUAAGAGAGAUUGAAGUGUGGAUUAUUUAUGUUCACAAUAAUUAUGCAGUACUGUACCCUCCAUAAGGGUAAGAAAAGAUAUAGUAUUGCAGUUGUGCAUAAAGUCUUUGUGGGAACAAUUCUGUGAGUGUUAUUGCAACAUUUAAAUUGUCUGAUUGAAGGUAUCUGAAUUUGUAUGUGACUGCCAUAUCAUAAGAUGUAUUAUAUCUGAAAAUGAAGUCAGUGUAUCUUUGGAGAAUUUUUGGUAAUGUAUUAACUGAAGCGUCAUAAACCGGAUUGACAAAUUCAACAUCUGAACUUUGUUAAAAACAGCCUUUUGACAGUAUUUCACUUUUGCAGUUGACUUUUGCCAUACAUCAGGAGACCAGACUGUCCAGUGUAUGUUGUAUGCCUUCACAUAUCCCACCUGCAACCAUUUUAUGUACUCAGUGUUGUGGAUCACCUUCUACCUCCUUAAGUCUGGAAACAAACUCUAGGACUAGGCGGGUCCACACAGUAUAUGGGUAAUAUUGCCUCAGUAGCACGUGUAAACAGCAACAACAACCAGAAUCUGUAUUGCUACUACCAGCUUCCCUGCCAGCAAACAGGGUGUGGAACUGGCAGGAAGAUGCCUUACUUGUUUCAGAUUUAUUACAAUUGCAUGAUAUCAUCAGUGGAAUUCAGUCAUAAAGUACACUAAAUAAAUUUCUUCUUCUUUCAACAGACUGGCCAUAUCCCACCCAGGCAGGGUGGCUCAAUGGGAAAAAAACGAAAGUUUCUCCUUUUAAAUUUAGUAAUAUAUACAGAAGGGGUUGCUAGCCCCUUGCUCCUGGCAUUUUAAUCGCCUCUUAUGACACACAUGGCUUACGUAAGAAGAAUUCCAUUCCACUUCCCCAUAGAGAUAAGCAGAAAUAAACAAGAACUAGUAAGAAAAUAGAAGAAAAUCCAGAGGGGUGUGUAUAUAUAUGCAUGUGCAUGCAUAUGUAGUGUGAUCUAAGUGUGAGUAGAAGUAGCAAGACAUACCUGAUAUCUUGCAUGUUUAUGGGACAAAAAAGAUGCCAGCAAUCCUACCAUUAUGUAUUAUUAUGUAUUAUUAUUAUUAUUCUUUCUUUCUUUCAACACACCGGCCGUAUCCCACUGAGGUGGGGUGGCCCAAAAGGAAAAACAAAAGUUUCUCCUUUUACAUUUAGUAAUAUAUACAGGAGAAGAGGUUACUAGCCCCUUGCUCCCGGCAUUUUAGUCGCCUCUUACAACACGCAUGGCUUACGGAGGAAGAAUUCUGUUCCACUUCCCCAUGGAGAUAAGAGGAAAUAAACAAGAAUAAGAACUAGAAAGAAAAUAGAAGAAAACCCAGAGGGGUGUGUAUAUAUGUGCUUGUACAUGUAUGUGUAGUGUGACCUAAGUGUAAGUAGAAGUAGCAAGACGUACCUGAAAUCUUGCAUGUUCAUGAGACAGAAAAAAGGACACCAGCAAUCCUACCAUCAUGUAAAAUUAUUAUUAUUAUUAUUAUUAUUAUUAUUAUUAUUAUUAUUAUUAUUAUUAUUAUUAUUAUUAUUAUUAUUAUUAUCAGAGAAAGCGCUAAACUGACAAGGGUCAUACAGUGCUGCUACCAUUAUGUACAACAAUUACAGGCUUCUGUUUCACACUCACUUGGCAGGAUGGUAGUACCUCCCUGGGCAGAUGCUGUCUACCAACCUACUAUCUAGAACUAAAUAAAUUUCUCUAAGAAUAAUCUAAUAAAGUAAAACAGUGUGAUUUGUUUCAGUGUUUCAAGGAGCAUCACACCUCAAAAGGGUGUGGAACUGGUCAGAAGAGGUCUUAUUUGCUCCAAAUUUACUGCAAUUUCAUGAUCCUACUGUAACUAAAAGUCACAAUUUCAUGAUGCUAACAGCAGAAUUCAGCCAAAAAACACUAAUGUAGAUUUAACUUAGGAUAACUUAUUUGUCAAAUGCUGUGACUUAUUUCCAAGUUUUGAGGAGUUUUAUAUCUUGAAAUAGUUGUAACAUCAUAACAUUUCCUUGUAUGAGUGUUAGAAGACAAAAAUAAUCUUUAGAAUUAAGAAAAAAAAAAUUUUUUACCUGUUUAUGGUGAAUUCUCCAUGGGAAAAUGGAACAGAAUUCUUCCUCUUAGGACAAGCCAUGCUUACAACAAACCAUGCUGGUCGUAAGAGGCAACUAAAAUGCUGAAAGCAAGGGGCUAGUAAUCCCUUCUGUAUAAAUUACUAAUUUUAAAAAGAAAAACUUUUGCUUUUCUGUUUAGGUCACCCUGCCUCAGUGUGAUAUGGCCGGUUUGUUAAAAAAAAUAAUUAUGAUGAAUAUUGGAAGUCGAGCUAUAAUGCCAUGAAUCUCUACAUAUUUCAGAUACUAAAACACCUUGAAGCACAUCUGUCAUCAUAAUGGAAAACAUAAACAAAAUUGAAAAAUUAUCAUAAUUUGGCAUAAAUAAAUGGAAAAAACUACUAUGCACAUUUAUACUGAUAUUGCUAAUGAGUGAUUUUUUCACUAUCUUCAUCACACCACAAAAAUUAAUUUUCCUUUGAUUUCAGUUUUAUUUAUAGCAACAUUUAGUAAAUAGGUUCUUUUAAUCUGUAAGAAAAAUCGUUUAAUAAUUGUGCCUUACACAAUUUUUUUUUCCAGAUUUGCCACAGUUGAAGAACUGAAAAAGUAAUAUUUUUUUCUAAUUUUACUGGAUUUAGUGCCUCGUCUGAUUAUGUUUUUAUUUUCUAAUUUUAAUCUAUUUUCAUAUAAGUAAGUAGUAUUUUAAGGCUGUUUUUACAAAAGUUUAGAUGUUGAUAGUAUCAUUCCAUUUUGUGACACCUCAUUAAGACUUACAAUAUUAUUUUAACUUCAUUCUUCAUUAUUUUAUAAUGCAGUAAUUACAUUGUUGAUUACAUGAGGAGUGGGACACAACAGCAAUAAGCUUUGCAAUAUCCAAUUUUUUAUAUUUGGUUUCACCGCUAAAUACCAGAUCACACAUUUUUUUGCCUCUUCUGCCAACUAUUAACUAACACACAACCUGUUCUUGUUAUUCUCUGUAAGUCAAUUUUCCAUUAAAAUAUUUAAUGCCGAAA